GAAACGUCACUUUGCACUCGCAACAAAAACACAUGCGGAGAGCACGCGUGUUGAAGAAAAGUUAAAGUUUUGUUUAAAAAUUAAAAGAUUUGCUUUAAAAUUAAAGUUAUUCGUGAAUUUCCAACCACCGCCAUGAAGAAACAGCAGCAAACGGAACUGCUGGCCAGGCUGCAGCAAACCAGCAGCAAGUUUAUGUACCUGCUGGAGGCCUUCCAGAUUCCGAGCAAAGCCGACGACACCGCGAUCGUCAGCGAGUACCUGCUGGACGAUGUCACCGGAGUAAAGCGGCCCCUCCCAAAGGCACUGCCCGCCGACGAAGAGGAACGCCAGGCCCGGCUCGAGGUAAUGCAGAACAAAAUUACGGCGAAACAUUUGAGCCGCCAGCGGCGGGUUCCGGCCGAGGGGAAAACCGCCCGGAAGCGGGAGCUGCUCAAGCGCAACCUGAAGAAAUCGCUGCGCAAAGCAAACAUGAUCGAACACAAAACGCAACAGGUCAAACAGGAGGAAGCGGAUUCCAAGGGCAAAAUCGACAAACUGGACACGACGAAAACGUUCAACGCGGAAGGCAAAAUCGUCUUUUCCAAGUUCCAGCUCGAUGAGCACGACGUCAAGAAAAAGGGCGUGGACACCGACGCGAAGAAGCUGCUGCGGAAGCACAUCAACGACGAGAAAGAGCUGCGCGCGCUGAAGGAAUCGGGCGAAACGGAAAAGUACGCUUCGAUCAAGAACAAACGCGCCUGGGAACGGGCCACGGCCAAAACCGAGGGCCACAAGCUGCGCGACGAUCCGGCCGCGUUGGCCAAGCGCAUCAAGAAGCGCAAGACGCAGGUGAAAAAGUCCAAACAGGAGUGGGCCGAUCGGAAGCAAAAGCUGGAGCACAAGAAGAGUCAGGCCCAGAAGAAGCGCGCGGAGAACAUCAAGGGGCGGGUGGACCAGAAGAAGACCAAGAAGAUGCAGAAGCUGGCCAAGAAGGGACGGAUUAUACCGGGUUUCUAGGGUUAAGGGGGGUUCGGAGGCGGUAAGAUAAUGAUGUGUAAUAAAAGCUUAUUAUUUGAUU